AUGUACACCGGGGGCAUUUCCAGUGUACGGUGCCAGGAUGUACGAAGUCUUUUCCCAGUGAACAGCGGCGAGACGAUCACGUGGCGAAGCACGGACAACGGGCAGAAGAAGUGGUUCGGAUUGCGGAUGGGAGGGAUGCACUGCGCAGCUCACGACAGCCAUCGAGAUAAUCAACCACAUCGAGUGGCAUCUGCCCAUAGCUUCGGGAGCAGCACUGAUGACAGAAUCAUUGUUCCAAACGACGUCGCCUCAUCAGAGACGUCGAUGCUUGAUUCUGUCGGUCACGUACCUCACCCUCGAUGGUGGUGUGAACACUGGGUCCAGAAGGAAGGUGUCCUGUUCUUAACGCUGCAACCGCCCGCGAGGUCGAGCCACAAAACUGUCAAUGGGCUGAUUGCAACAGGCAUUGCUCGAUGA